UGGCGGUUGUUUCAAGAUGGCGGACGUGGCGGGCCCCUCCCGCCCCGGCGCGGCGGCGUUCUGGAGCCGGGACUUUUCUGAUGAAGAGCAAUCAGUAGUGUAUGUUCCAGGAAUUUCUACGGAAGGAAAUGCCAGAUCAAGACACAAGUUGAGUCCAAAAGCUGAUGUCAAACUUAAGACUUCCAAGGUUACUGCUGCUUCAGUCUCCAUGGAGUCUUUAAAAGGUGCAGGAGACUCGGUAGAUGAACAGAAUUUCUGCAAGGGAGGAAUAAAGAGUGCAUCAUUGAAGGAUUUAUGUCUCGAAGACAAAAGACGCAUUGCAAAUUUAAUUAAAGAACUGGCCAGAGUAAGUGAAGAAAAGGAAGUGACAGAAGAACGACUCCGAGCUGAGCAGGAAUCAUUUGAGAAGAAGAUUAGGCAGUUGGAGGAACAGAAUGAACUGAUCAUCAAAGAAAGGGAAGCUCUUCAGCUACAAUAUAGAGAAUGCCAAGAACUUCUCAGUCUCUAUCAGAAAUACCUAUCAGAACAGCAGGAGAAGCUCACCAUGUCCCUCUCAGAACUUGGUGCUGCUGGAAUGCAGGAACCACAGGUAUCCAAUAGGAAGAGCACUCUUCGGUCUUCAGCUCUGGAACUGGAUGGCUCCUACUUGAGUGUAGCCAAAUCACAAACCUGCUAUCAAACCAAGCAGAGGCCUAUGUCUGGAAUCCAAGCCUCCGCUUCAGAAUCCCUUGUGGAGUUUAAGAAUAAUUCUUUGAAGCCAGCAGAUUUUCAUUGUCCUAAAGAGGACCAAGACAGGGUGCCAUUAGAGACCAGAACAUGUGAUUAUGGAUCCCCAGGGAGAAAACUAGUAGACGCAGUCCCUACAGAGAAAGCCCCACCAGCGGAAUUGAAGAUGAAACAAUGCCAACACCUGAAGCCUUCUCCAUCCAGUCAGUGUUGUGGUCAUAGACUUUCUGAAAAUGAAGAUCAUGUUCAUGAAAGUCAUCCUAUGCACAUGGCCCCUCAAUAUUCCAAAACACAUCUGGAAUCAUGCAAUAAUUGUGGGCUUUCCUGGGCAUCCCUGCUGCAUGGUCAAGGAACACAGCAGGCUAGUGAAACUGAUGUCAGAAAGCAACUCUCGGAAAAUAGAAGGCAGCAACUUAUGCUUCAGAAAAUGGAGCUGGAAAUUGAAAAAGAGCGCCUUCAGCAUCUGCUGACCCAGCAGGAGACAAAGCUUCUCCUGAAACAGCAGCAGCUUCAUCAGUCUCAACUGGAUUAUAAUUGGUUAAGAAAUCAAGCUGUAUUUAAGUCAAGAGAACUCGUUGCUGCUAAAGAGUUUACUAAACCCCGAGAACUCAAUCUGGAUAUGAAUGGGGAUGACUCUGGACCAAGUUUAUUGAAGUCAAAAUAUUCUGACUGGCUGCUGGGAGCAUCAUCAUCCAUCAAAAAGUACCAGGAGUCCACUAACAGUGGUGAAAAUAGAAGGGAGAAGAAGACAGUUGGGUUUCAAUCACAAACAGAAGAUAAUGCCCUAUGGACAUGUCAAAAGAAAGAUGCAUAUCGACCCCAAAGAGGGACAUUGGCAGGAAUUAGAAAAGAUGCGUCCACAUCUCCUAUGACAACAGGAAGCCAAAAGGAGCUUGUAAUCACAACCACAUCAUCACUGCAGCAUGACACUUCCCGGUAUGAGACCUCUCUGUUGGAUUUGGUUCAAUCUCUGAGUCCAAAGUCUGCUCCCAAACCUCAGCCCCAUCCCUCCAGAGAAGCUGGGGCCUGGAAUCACAGUACUUGCCGAUUUAGUCCUCGAAAAUCAAUCUGGAACAAGGUGGGGGCAGGCAGGACCCCUGAAGACCUGGAGGAGAAUCAAAUUCUGGAAGAUAUCUUUUUCAUUUGACAUUGAAACACAUGCUACAAAAUUUCCAUCAGAAAUGUGUGGGCUUCUUUAUGUACUGAUCUAGGGUGUUAAAUUAUUUGAUGGCAAAGUAACCGUGUCUCUCCCAUACUAGCAUCCUGUUGUGUAUUGAACACAGAAAUCAUUCUACGAACCCGGAGUGGUUUUGGUCAGACCAAUCAGUAGGUAACACAUUAAGGGGUUAUGGGGGUGGAGGGUAGGAUCUUUUCUAGGCCAAGCCUUGUCAUAUUCGGCCUGAUUUCAAGAGUGUUUCCUUCUCAAUACUUUAUUGGAAAAGGUUGGCUUUCUUUCGUAUACAAGGAAAAUGUUUUCACUGAAAGAUCCCUCUGAUUUCAAAGUAGCCCCUUUGUAACAUAAGCAGUUUCAGAAAGACCCUUUACCUCUCCUUUACCUCUGUUCCCUCACUGCCUGCCUCUUUGUGCGCGUAGCCAUUGAAUCCCAAAGUUGGAGCUCCUGUGCUUAUGCUCACAAGCAACCCUGGGGACUAAUUGUGAGCCAGUAUCAGUAGUCAUCAGCCCAGCAGCUGCCCAUCCCUCAACCAAGGGGCACAAUGGGCUAGGGGGAGGGACCCACCCAACCCUUGGAAACCAGCAUUAAAUCACACAACAGAGUGACUACCCUCAGGAAACAAAAUGGAGGCACAGGCCUAAAGUGCUUUUCCUGCCGUCCACCCAUUUCCCAGGAUAAAUAAGAGCAAUAUCUCAGUACGUCUUAUUGGCCCAAGUGUCUAUAUUCUUCACUCUUCGGAACUGCCCAUGGCUGUAUCUGGGGAAGAUGGCAGAGCUAGAGAGGGGCAUCAGCUACCACAGGCUGAUAGGCUCUCCCCGGGGCUCCCUCCUACCUAAUGAGGAUCAAAGGCCCUGGUGACCAGGCCUUUUAUGUGCUCUGCUCAGGAUCACUGUCCCACUGUCUCAUGACCUCAAAGAACCAUCUCUACUUGCCAGAUUCUCCUUCACCACCCCAGGCAGAGUCUCUCCAUCUUUCCCACUGGGCCUCCAUUUGACCCAAGAAGGCCUGUGGAAGAAGUACACUUGAGGCCUCGUUUUCUCUCUGUUCUCCUAUUCAGCAGAGCUCUUGAGAUGGGUCCUUCAGCUUACAAUGGGCUCUGGUGGGCACUCAUGCUGAUCGGCAGCAUGAUGAGCCCGGUAGAGCCAGUGAGUUUAAAACCUCUCGGUCAUUGGAAGCAAGGGGAAAAUGUGUCCCCAGAUGUGUAUGCUCAAUGACUUUAUUUGAUCUGGAAAGUGUUGCUUUUUUUCUCUCCCUUUCACCAGUCCCAGGCUUGAAGUAGGACCAAGAGUCUUUGUCAGUUAGUGAGCGUUGGUAGCCAAAGUCAGGCCACCCAGUGCAAACUGCAUUUAGUGAGCCUGCAUGGCCUUAUCAAAACUAGAUUAUUUAAGCCUACAAAAGCCUUGUUAAGCAGAUUCCUCAUCUGAAUGGAUCUCAAUUUCACUGUCUCUUCAGGCUGAGGCCCUAUCAUCUCUACUCAGCCUUCCUUUACUUGGGUCUUUUUGCUCUUUGGAAAAAAGAAUGGAACCUACCAAUACCAUAUCCUUAAUUCGAGGUCAAGAUUAACUAGGUUUAGGCAUUCAACUGAAAGGUUGAAAAAAUACUGCCAAUUACAAUGUCCUUUUAAAAUUCACCCCUGUGAGAGUAACUGAGUCCAUUUCAUCCCAUUUCAACAAGUGUUUGGAGUUUCUUUUGGUGUGGCAGAAGGGGUAGAAGCUGAGAGCCUUCAGCCAUUUUCUCAAUUAAAUUUAAGUUUCCAGAACUUUCUUUUCCUUGCCCCAGGUGUCAUGAGUACCUUAAGUACAUCCCCCCUUGGAUUAGCCAUAACGACACUCUCCCGUUUGGACGCCAGUGUCUUUACAGCUCUCCAGAGUAAGAGGGUGCCAGAAGGACCAAGAAAAGGAUUAUGAUUUCUUUAAGAAGCUUGUUUGCCUUUAGAAGAAUCAUAAGUGAGAUUUAAGCUGAGGUCUUUUGGGGUGAGUCUAUCACAUGCCACAGAUUGGAGUUUAAUUGCUUCUUUACCUCCCCCUGCAUGAGCAAUUUGGAAGAGCCAAGAUGAAUUUUCAGCAGAGCAUCAAUCAACGUAUUUUUCAUAUGCUACAUUCCCCCACCAGUUGCCUUUCUGUAUCCUGUGGGCAUUUCCUGUGUGUCAGGGCAGUAGGAUGUGAAUUUGUGUCUAAUCCAGUAUCUUCCUUAUGAAUUGAACAGUGUAUGUUAACAUCUUACUCUGUCUUGGAGAUACAUAUGUGGAGAUACAUAUAUAUAUGAAAAGGUUCUUGUAGGACCUCGAGGCUGUUGUAGAGCCUGGACCCUUGACCUAAUUGCAGAUAUCGUAUGAAAAGAGGAGCAGACACAGAGGGGUCAGGCUUUCUUCCUGGUAAAGUACUCCCAAAGUAACUGCCUCCAGCUGCUUCCUCAAAGCAAGACUGGAUACGUAUUAGGAGAGCUGCACAUAGGGCCACAACAUUGCCUACCCUGCUACCCACUAUUCUGUGAGAGAAAAAACAACCAGUGUUUGCAAAAUGGGAAAAGGCAAAGUAUGUCCACCAAAGCUCCCUACAAGGGCCCAAAGUGCCUGAUUUAGGAAACUAAGGUUAAUCAAGGAAAAGCUUUUGCUGACAGUCAUGCUUCCUGGAGGCACACUUGUGUUCAUCCAAACAGACCCCAUGGUGGGGACUUCUCUAGAAAACCCCAAACGUCACGAGGAAGGAGGGGCCCUCUCCUUCAGAGCUGCCCUUGGCUGUUGGCCCAGCUCCCAGCACCUGGCUCCUACGAGAGAUUUGCUAGCCAGAGACUCUGGGAAGCAAUAGGCCUAAAGGAGAGAGCCGGAUGAAGUCUGCGGUCAUUAAUGAGGUGGAGAGGCUACAGCAGACUCCUCCCAGCUCGUGCUUUAGCCUCCCCUCAGUGCAUAUUGUUUCUAAUGUGGGCAACUGUUCAUAUAUAUGAGAGAUUUUAAGUUAAUCAGUUAGCUCCAUGGCUAUUCUCCUCAUGUGGUUGUGGUAUCGAAUCAUCCCUUCGACACCAGUCCUCAGAUCUGUGAGGCGUAGCUUGGAAGCAAGAGCAGCACCACAAGUUAUCAAAAUGUUGUUUUCCUCAGUAUGUGUUAAACAUCAGGAGCGUGGGUCAGCUCAGAGAGAGGAAACGGUUUGCCACAAACUGUUAGGUUUUCCUGGUUGAUUCCAACCCACUCCCAUCACGUGGACCCCAAGUCUCCUCUAGGCUGUGUGGUUGCUGGAAAGGAAGUUUCAAUGUACAUGCACCCCUGAGUCCCUUCCACGUGCCUGUCACCCAAAUUGUUCAGCAAAGAAGAACUAUCACAGCACUCGGACACAGGAAAAAUGGUCCUGUCUAGGUGGCUUUAGGUGCUAAGAGAUGCUGGGGAGGGCUUGUGUGCCUGAAAUGCCCAGUUUUGAGAUCAGACUCGUGGAUCCAAUUAACAGCCAGAGACUCUAUCCUGCCCCUUUUUCCCCAGGUCAAUCUGGCACCUCCCCCUGAUCAAGGGGACUGCAGGUAUCCCUCAGAGGAGGAGGUGGCAAGACCACAGUCCUCACUCAACCAGCUCCGAGCCCUGUGCGCCAUCUUGUUCAAUGCUUAUGAUAUUUGUACUUUUAAAAAAUCAUUUCAGGGGGGCGCUUGGGUGGCUCAGUCGGUUAAGCAUCCGACUCUUGAU